AUGCCUUUGUUGCAGACUCGCCAGCCACGGCCCCCAACUCCAGGACGAAAACCGUUCUCUUCGGAGGAGUCAGCGAUUCUCAGACAAUACCUAGAAGAUUUUCGUGUCAAAACGAAGGAAGAAAGAAAGAAGCUGCUGAUGUAUGAGGUAUACAGACUCAUGAAGGCCAAGGCACCCCCCCUGCUUACAGAGGAGCAGUGGAAGGAGAGGAAGACGAAGAUCAAAGAGUGGUUUCAAAACCAUGGAAGAUGCAUCAGGAUGCCGAAGUUUGGAUAUGUCAAACUCAUUUCCACCAGAUAUGUAGUUGCGCACCUGCGCCAGGAGCAAAUACAUGAGGUCGUGACUCGGCUCGCAAAGGGCACGCCACCUGGGUCAAGAGUGUUUCUUGCUAAAUACCAACAAGGCCUAAAGGAAGUAAUGGGUGGUCUCACAGACGCUGAGAAAGAGGAGUAUAAAGGCUUGGCAGAGGAAUGGACGAAUGCCGUACCGCCCCCUGACGUCCAAAGAAAACUCAAUUUGAAACAUGGCCUGGGCAUGAUGAGAGAAAUGGAUAAAGUCAAGCAAUACCAGCUAGGAGUUUUCAGCUGGAGUCUGGUUGGCGACAUAGAUGAAAAUGGACAACAUAGGAGUGCUUGGUUGGACCAUAAUGCCGAUUUUGGUCCUGAGGGCCUCCGAGAGUUCAGAGAUAUGUUUCCUGAGGCUGUAGGUAACAUUCUGGAAGCCUGGGUCCAGUAUUUGAACUACAUUCAAGAAUUUCAGCAGGGGCCUUCAGAUUCACCGGCGCAACAUUGCUAUACCAGGCUGAGGCAGAAACGGAAGGCGCCGCAUUUUGACCUCGAUGGCGGCCUACCAGUGCUUCCUCUUGCGCCCGAGGAUAGAGCUGAAUCUGGCGAUCUACUUAAAUCCCUCAUCAGAGAAUUCAUGACCAUUCAUUAUUGUUUGGCUUCAGGCAAGCCAUCGGUGGUCGUUCCCUGGUUUUGUUUAGAUGAGCACAGGAACACGUUGUGGGAGAGUGAGAUGUGGCCUGAGGAUGUCAAGAUCCGUGAUCCCAGCAAAUUAACGGUUCCAUGCUGCAAGAAAAUACUUCAAUUGUGGAGAGGCCGACAGCAGACUGGUGGGGCAAGUCACACGUUUCUUUUUUCUUUUUUCAUAGAAGAUAAGAAACUGUCCCCUGCCCUGCAUGACUUGUCUCAACAAGGCAGUACCCCUGCGCCCAGUCUAAGGAAUAUUGGUUCUGCAGCGGCUGUUGCCACUCCGGCGCCCAAUGGGCGCGUUUCCUCAAAUACUUCCUCUACGACGCGACCAUCGUCCACCAGGCCUGGCCCGACCAUUUCCACUGCAGACCCCCACAUGGAUCCUAUUGGUACAACACCAUCUGGGACAUUGAUAGGUAGCCCAGAUCAGCCACUGGAUCCAGCAAUGGUCCCAAAUGCGGCCUUAAUGACAACAGCGAUGGGCACCCCUGCGGCCAGUACAAGGAAUAUGGGUGCUGUGGCGGCUCUUGCCACUGCUGCAGCCAAUGGGCGCGCUUCUCCAAAUGCUUCCUCUGGGGCGCAUCCAGCUCAUUUCACGUCGCCUAUGUUAAUGGACCGAGGUCUCCCCGAUGAUCCUGAAUCCGAUCCGCCCGUUGUAAAAAAAAAGCGUAAACAGACAGCGCGUGUGCAAAGUGAAGACUAUACCACUGAUCCCACAACUGAAGAUGAGACAGUCAAACGGCGCAAGGGUCCACAAAAGACGACCAGAAAUUUGGCAUUGGAAGAUGCCAUGGCCAGAAAUUCAGGGGAAGACGCUGUAGACGGCGCCGCGCCAAUCCUGGCUCAAAAGGCUCGCCCCAAACCCAAACGAAUCACCAAGCAGCAUCGGCGCCAAGGUCCAACCUCUGCUGAAGAGCAGGACGAAGCUGCCACAGCAAUCCUGCCCCCAAAGGCUCGCCCCAAACCCAAACGAACCAGCAAGCAGCCUCGGCGCCGAGGUCCAAGGUCUGCUGAAGAGCAAGGAAACAUUGACGGGCUGGAAGAUGCCGCAGACCCAAAUUCAAGAGUCGCGGCGCCAAACCUGCUCCCAAAGCCUCGCCCCAAACCCAAACCAAUCACCAAGCAGCCUCCUUGCCAAGAUCCGGCCUCUGUUGAAGAGCAAAGAAACAUUGAAGAUGCAUUGUUUAUCCGAAAGUCCACAAGACGCCGACAAGAAAAGGUCAGGGAGGCACCACCUGCACAACUACGUUUGGAAAAAGAUGCGUUGAAACGAAAGGGCGCCAAAAGGGGCGCCAAUGACAUUACAAAUGCACCGAGUAGAAACUGA